GGUAGAACUUACUAAAAUUCCAAUAACCUUAAUUGAACACUUAUUAUCUAUAUUUUCAGGAUUUCGUGACACAGAUGGAAUAUUAUGUCUUGUUCCAAGUCUAUCAGCUUUUCGCGCAUCUCUGGGAUACAAUAUUAUUUAUGGAUUCAUUUGCAAUACUAUAAUUUAUCAUUGA